UGUUCUCUAACAGGACAUGGUGGUUCUUUAGCUAGGAGUGGCUAGAACAGAAGAGACAAUAAAACUUUGCUCUUAAAGACCUCAGAAAGGAUUCCCCGGCGUUGUACUGUAAUGCUGAACAACUAGAUAGAACCGUGACUGUAUUUUGAAGGAAUUCAAGAAGUUCCAGCAGAGAUAUUUUGUAUCUGACAGAUCGACAAAGUAUACUGGACACUGAUUGAGCAUCCUCCACCUAUCCUCUGCUACAUCUAAAACCAGACAUGGUUCUCUGGAUUCUGCUACCCAUCACGCUCUCCCUGGUGUCUCUUAUUGGAACCUGGGCUGUGUACGGUCUGGCUUCCAGUUACAACCAUGUGUGCCAUCUAAGUAACUGGGAUUACAAUAACUCUUGCUCGUUGAAUGAGUCUAUGGAAUGUUGUCGAGUCCCCACCAUAAGCUCAAGUGGAACCAGCUCUCCAGAAAACUCCUUAUUUACAGCCACCAUAAAUGCUGGGUCAUUUUUGUUUCUAGUGUUUUGUAUUUUCCACCAUGCCCAUAUUCUGGAAAGAAACGCCAUGCAAGCCAUGCUCAGCAAGUUUGCCCUGGUCUUUGGUACUGUGGCUGCUUUGGGGGCAUUCAUGGCUGGGAACUGCAAUCCAGGAUACCUGACAUUGCUUCACUACCUGGGAGCAGCAGUUAGCUUCCUGUGCAUCUGUUUCUACAGCGUUCUUCUCACUGCACUGACCGGCAAGUGUGUACUGACAGGGCUGGAGAAGUUCCUUUACCCAGCACGCAUAGUCUCUACUGCAAUCCAGAUCAUGUCUACCAUUGUCUAUUGCAUCUUGUUCGUCCAGAACGAUCACAUGUACACACACUUAUCAGCUGUGUGUGAGUGGAUUCUCAGCGUGAAUCUGGAGAUGUUUGAGCUGAGCUUCGCUGUGGAGUUUUACUUCUUUUCUUCAGCCAUGUUAGCGACUGUAUUAGGGAGAAAGGACGAGGAGAAGCCUCUCAUCCUGGCCUGAGGACAUGAGGAACAACAGCCACUGUGAGGAUAUUAGUGUAGUCCAUCACUGGACCAAACCUGACCUCACAGCACUUUGGACAGAGAUGUCUACAUUAAAUUGAGCUCUCAGGGUGAUGAUUUGCAAAUGUCCCCACUAUGUGGUCAUUGCCAGUCUUUUUGAAGAAUUAAGACUUGUGACUCCAUUGUAUUUAUUGAAAAUCAGACAGAAUAUUGCCAUACAUCCUCUUCAUCACAAGAUCACUUGCAAGGGUCGCAGCAUUCAUCCAUCCCAUCUCUUCACAGGUGUCUUCAUGGACACCUAGUCCCAUGACACACAACUGACACUUCAUUAUUUCUCAUCACAGGAACCCCCCCAAUGUAUAACUGUAAAUACAAAUCACAAUUAACAUACUCGAUUUUCUUUUUGUAAGCAAUUGGAAAAUGAUUGAGCCUUAUAUUAAGUUAUUGAUGUAUUAUAAAUCAGCUGAAAUAUUUAUCAAAACAUUUUGGAAGUUUGUAUUACUUUGCAGAAAAGAUUUAAGUGUAUAAAUUGUAAUGCUACAGGACAGCAAAGGUUUAAUAUCUAAACAGUAUCUCAGGCUUGUAGGGAGUGAACCCUUUUGGUCCUGUAAAGCUUCAAUCUGUCAGCAACAAAAUGAAUUACAAUUGCAGAAAAUGUUUAUUUGUGAUAGAUCACUGUUGGGUAACAAGUGAUUAAGGAUUCCAAUAAGAGUAAUAUGAACAACCAGACAUUUUGCAUGUUCUACUACCAUAAGCCUCGCUCAGCUGCUCCAUACAUUUAAUAGAACAUAAAUGUAAUCCAUUAAUUUAUUAUGUUUGUUAAUUUGUGUUUUUAUACUACUUGUUCAUUUGGACACAUUUUCUGCUGUGAUUUUGGCCUGGGCCUUUAUGCAAUUAUAAAUAAAACCGGUAUUUAAUUGUU